AUGGCGCCGCAGAUAAAAACAUCAGUGCGCGAGGACCAAGAAGUACAGGAUGGUCGUUUUGCUCCUAGUCCGCGCGUCGUGCAACGGGAACGGCUAGUACCGGCGAAGAAAACGGAAAGAAGGGAGGACCGACCACCAAACCGGGCAGUACCGGUAGCUUCCGUAAAAAAUGAUGGUACAACCACAAUCGCGAAGGCGAACUCAAAAGCCAUAGUGCGCCCGGUCGUGGGCACCGCCGCUCGUGCUGAGGAAAACGAGAGGAUGGAUCAUAUGAAACUUCCGGCGCAGCUGUUGAACAGCCCCAGGAGUAUACUUCGGGCUUGGGAGAAGAUGAUCUUCGGGAAUGUGUAUGUGAACAAAAACGUGUCACAGGAAUCACACUCACACACCAGCCAGCAGCAGCAGCAUGGUCGACAUGAGGAGGCCUGUCAAGUAGAUCAAGACGUGAACGUCGCUGACACGACAGACCAUGCUAUUAACGAACCCGUUGGUGGUGCACAGCAGCAACCUGAAAUUAUCCAAGACUUUGUGCAUGAGGCUUUUGCGACUACAACAACCGAGAGUUGCCGCGUGGAUGAGGAUCAGGACGUUACUAACAAGAAAGGCAAACUCGAAAUAAAGCUCCGGCCACGAGAGGGAGCUGGGAAGGCGAAGGUGGAGCUGCAACGCGACAAGGUGGAACAAGUCGCGGCUCCGCCGCAGGAGGAGCAGCACCAUUUUUACAAUUUCCACUGGACCACGACAAGAAGGCCAAAAACAGCUCCGACAUCCGCCGAACAGCACGGCGGGACUGUGCGUAACAGAGAAACGACAGCGACGUCGCCGGCAUCAGCGCAGAACAAGCAGGUCGCAGGCGGGGUAGUAGAUGUAGAGUUGUACACGUUAGCGCCUCCACUCCCUGAUUCUACUACAGAUGCGCCUCCUGCUAAGCGCGUCGUCGUGAGCACACACGAUCAACUUGCGUCUAAUUCAGAUCGACUUGUUGCAGCUCCUUCGACACGACACGGCCCGCCGCAUGGUUCUCCCGUAAAUUUUCGUCCACAUCAUCCCGAGCCACACAGCAGCUUCCCGACAGUGAAAACCAUGUUGCCUCAGCAGCCUCGUGGCACGAGCACGACCCUUGGCGUCGCCGGCGCGGGUGGAAGUAGAAAUAUGAAACGGUCAAGCGCUUCAGGAGUACAACUAGGACGGUCAGCAGAUAGAUCGUUGAUGUGGUCCACCACGACCCAAAAUUAUGGCUGUACCCACGACCAGCCGCACGACAUCGCCGCCCAAGACCGUGAGGAGCAAGUCUUUUUCCUGCACCUCGCAAAGCAAUUGAACCUUUUAAGCGCCACCGAUUCGUUAGAGUUGAAGAAACUUUUGUCCAUUCUGCACGACAAAUCCACGGAGCAGCUGCUCGCCGGCGUGGAGAUACCGGAGAACUGGAAGCACACCAGAAUCGAGGAGGAAACAGUGUCGACGAAGAUGAAAAGACUUUCUCGAAUAGAAGAGAUGGAAACUUUCAAAUCCCAGCACGAAACGGAAAAUUCCGGAGGUUUUUUUGGGAUAAGAGAAAACCUACUGCUGUUGGUGGCGUCGAGAGACAAGAACAAUUUUCACGCGGAAAGAACCACUAAACCGUCUAAAACAGUGACUAUCACGGAGUCCACUUUUCGUCGGGAGAGACGGCUGCACGCGGAGAAAAGGAAACAAGAUUUGGAGAAACUUUUGCAGCAGAUGAAGAAACAACUGCACGAACACACGCUGCAUUCGAAACAGAUUCUGCAGCGGUUUUUAUGCAUUGCAAAAGUAUCGUACUCGUAUAAAUGCAUUACAAAUUUCCUCAGCAUAAGAAAUAAAAUUUGUAAUGCAGAUUUGCCUUGGAAACAAGAUUUGUAAUGCAAGGCCCGCAUUUGUACGAGUACGAUAGUUUUGCACAGGAUAGUUUUUGAAAGACUACGACUUUCGAGAGGACGUGGUUGCGUUAGAAAUGCAAAUGGGGUACAAUUCAUCCGCGAACAGCUGGAAUAAAGGGAAGAACUUUCACGUGUACAAUUUGAUCAGACAGAGGCUGAACAACAACCUUGGGACCAAUAAAGCAGUAAUACGCGACAGGAUCUACGUCGUUUACCACGAUACCACGAGCAGGAGAAGUUUGUUGCAGCAUAUAAUUGGGCCUCAAACUUGUUCUACCGAAGUAGGAGCUCAUCACCUGCUUCAAGAAGAAGAUUUGUUGGAACAGGAAAAAGAACUCUUAGCCGAAAAGUCUCGGACGGAACACGACGAAGAGGCGUUUUUGAAAGUGUUGGAGAGAUAUUUGAACGCUUUUUUUCCCAAUGUGAAGUUCGGAUUUGUAAAGUACCACAGCAGGAGCAGGAGAAUGAUUGGCGGCGGUGCUGGGUGUGGCCCUCGUGUUUCUGAUGCUAGUAGUAGUGCUGGGCAACAAGAAGCAAUUGCAAUAAACCAUCACGGGCCAGCUCCAGCACCAGCUCCACACAAGCAUCACAGCCUAGACCUCGGCACCUUCCAGCAAGCGUACCAGGACGCGAUGGGGGUGGUGGAGCUGUUGGUGGUCGGCGAUGAGGAGGAGUCGAAGCAGGAGACCCCGCAUGAGAAAGAUAAUACUCGCAGCAUUGAUCUCUAUCUCACACAGCAAGACAAGUUUUUAGUCCAGCGGAGCUCGGUCGACUCACUGCAAACGCACAUCACGCCACGGAUAGCAUUUCAUGCACAACCUGUAGCGAAACAAACGCGAAGUAGAACAACCGGAAGCAGUGCUGCUAGAAAAAAGGAGAGCAGUAAAACUGCUGCCCCGCCUCCCUUUGCGCCGCACCUACGGACCAAUAGCGGUUUGUCGCUCGGAAGGGUUGUUUUGUCAUCGUCGUUGGAGCGGGCCUCUAAAGGUAAACGCACGACUGGCGCAAGAAGAAGCGCAAUUAUGACCCCUGGGAGGAGCAGGAUGGUAGAACAUCAAGUGCAGUUCUCAACCCUCACCCCCCUGAUCGAGGCGGUCGAGGAGGUAUCCCACAGAAAAAAGCUGGCAGGGCAUUGCUAUCUAUUAUAUUCAUGCGAAAAAAGAGGUCUACAGAGGGCCGAAGGGAGGUGGCCGAGAGGUCAAAAAGAGGUCGACAGAGGUCAAAAAGAGGUCGACAGAGGUGGAGAGGUGGCGCAGGAGGUCAAUCGACAGGGUGGCCGAGAGGUGGCGCGGGUAUAGCCCGCCGAAGGGCUCGCCCUAAAGCCGCGCCUAUGGGGGACGGAGGUGGCCGAGAGGGUCCCGAGAGGGUAAGCGAGAGGUGGACAGAGGUGCCGGGAGGUUGCGCGAAUAAGGGCGAACCUCUCGCGCACCCUCCUGGCCACCUCUCGGCCACCUCUGUAGACCUCUAUCGGUGAGUAUAGCCGAACUAUUAGCAACACCUCUCGGGAGAGGUCAAAAAGAGGGUCUGCGAGAGGGUCAGAACAACCCGAAUCCCCCCGGCACGCGGUCGAUUUUCUUUGGGCCUUUUCAUGGCGCAGGCCCGCACCCCCACCCUUCCGCGCUACCCUCUCGCGCUACCCUCUCGCGCUACCCUCUCGCGCCACCCUCUCGCGCCACCCUCUCGCGCUACCCUCUCGCGGUCGCGCCAGCGAUUUUCGCCGGGAAGCAAAUAGGGUGGGGGCAGGUGGGUGACCAAAAAAGGGCAGCGCGGCUUCCGUUCUGCUUCCUUCGGCGUCUAUGUCGAGGCGGCUUCCUUUCACCCCCAAGCUUCGCUGCAGCCGCUCCCUGCGCAUAGCGCCUGCAGGCGCGGGAAGCGCGCAGGAGGCCCUGCGGGUUGACAUGACGCAAACCGGCGCCAGUAGUUCCCUCGGUCUGUUACGCUGUGCCCAAAGCUCCGGCGCUGCGGUCCAGCCCGCGCACUGUCCUGCCCCGCCACAACAGCCUUGCGCUCCGGCGUUAGCCGGAGCAUGGCUGGUAUUUGUAAUGCAAAAAUAAAUACACAGAAAAAUGGGCGGCCUCAUAGCAUGCUGCUUAGGAUACGCAAUACAGAUUUUUCUGUGUAUUUAUUUUUGCAUUACAAAUGUGACCUGCCAGCUUUUUUCUGUUGGAUAGGAGGAGCUGUAUGCAAAAGAGGCUAUCGACGUGAGAAGCUCUGUUCUUGCCAAGGCCAGCACGAUAAAUAAGAUACCCGGGGGCCGCCUGCGACACUUCCGCAAGCAGUUGCUGGAGAAGAAGGGCAAUCUGCUGAUGCAGGUGCGGUUUGAGGAGGAAAAGGAAAAACGCUUGCGGUCGAAACUCGCCAGCUGGGUGCUGGACUUAAUCGUGGUGGAGAUAACGAGGGUGAUCUGCGAGAGCUGCUUUGGGAUUGAACACAGUGAUUGUGAGGAGAAGGAUUCUCAACGUCAUCCUCUAGGUCAUCUGCAGCCUCAAGUAGAACAUGGAGUUUCUCCGGCAGGGAGCAGAAAAUUUCCCCGAUACGAUUGUCUACUGCGACGAGAACAAGAUGAAAGCGGGAAGCAGCUGCAGCGGAGUUCUGGUACACCACUCUCUUCACAAUCGCACAAUUCUCAUACGCAGGAGAGGACCACAACACAUUUGGAUCUCUGUCCCAGCUGCUUGACGAAGCUGUACUUUGCCAUCGGGACGACAGCGACGGCAAGUUGUAAUGCAGUAUCGGCAACUACACCAACCGCAUCCUUACCGCCGUCUUCUUCUUCUGCAACCACGACAUUGUUUUUCAACCCCUCGACGCGCUACAAAAACCUGGCGGAAUUUUUCGAAAAAGAUCUCUAUACCGAGUUUUUAGACGUGUUUUUGUUUUUGGAGAAAAAGAAGGAGAAGACCACGGCAGAGGAGCAAGCAAGAGAUCAUGGGAAAAAUAAUAGGAAUGAUGCAGAGAAGAUGAAAACGACCUCGACCUCCACGGGGAUAAAUCCGAAUCGAAACUGUCCCGCAGAGAAGCGGUUCGCGACCAUGGCAGAUUGGUGUCGAGAACGAAGCGAGGCGUGCUUGUUGUAGGAACACGGGUUGAAAUUUUUACGGUACUUGACGGUGAAGAAGAUGAGCGAUGAAAAAGAAUAAGAGUGUUGCAGUAGUGCCUCUACCUCCUCCUAACAACUCACAACUCAUCUACAAGCUGAGGUGUCUUUCUUGUAGCGAGGAUGGAUUGAAUAAUUUUUCGAACGACAGCCAUGGCCGUCGCCGUGCUUCUACUUUUCCGAACGGUAGCGCAGCUGCAACGAACUGUAUGAUGGAGCGUACAGCAGCACGAGGAUUCAUCUAUUCCAGAAGUCAUGAAAUUAUGAAUGCGCAUGAAAUACGU